AAUAAAAGCUCACGUUCGUGUAUUCUGAUAUGUAUUAGCAAAUUCGCAUAGAGACAACCAAGACCAUUCAUGGUCUCCACCGGUAUAAGAAGACGCCAUUUUCUUUUCAAUUUUCAUAUCCUGCUAACUCGCAAUUUGUUGCAGAACCUAGAGAUUAUGGCGUUGAUUUGAUUGUAUCUGAGGACACUAGGCUUGGAAAUCUCAAAACUAGGCCAAUUACCAGUGAACAGUGAUACAGAUGCUAAAACCACCAAGUUGUAGUAAUUGAGUUAAUAUUUCUUUAGAUCUGGAUCAUUAUGGCUCCUGGAGGUAGUGCUUGCAAAGAAGUUCUUGAAUCUCAUCCGGCUGUUGCAGAUUAUGACAUUUCAAUGGCAAAAACUGAGACUAAUAGCACACCUGCAAAACCAGCUGUUAGUAUUGCUGGGAAAGCUGGACUUCAUUCAAACAAUGGUGUGUAUGAGCUGCUUGAGUGUCCCGUGUGCACAAAUCUAAUGUACCCUCCUAUUCACCAGUGCCCAAAUGGCCACACUUUAUGUUCAAACUGCAAGAUUAGAGUGCACAAUUGCUGCCCCACGUGUCGCUAUGAUCUUGGAAAUAUACGGUGUUUGGCUUUGGAAAAAGUUGCAGAAUCCUUGGAACUUCCUUGCAGAUAUCAGAACUUAAGUUGUCAUGAUAUUUUUCCAUACUACAGCAAGCUCAAGCAUGAGCAACACUGUCGAUUCCGACCAUACAACUGCCCUUAUGCUGGGUCUGAAUGUUCUGUCACUGGUGACAUUCCAGCCCUUGUAUCUCAUCUUAAGGAUGAUCAUAAAGUUGAUAUGCACGAUGGCUGCACCUUCAAUCACCGUUAUGUCAAAUCAAAUCCUCAUGAAGUUGAAAAUGCCACAUGGAUGCUUACUGUAUUUAACUGUUUUGGAAGACAGUUCUGCCUGCACUUUGAGGCUUUCCAGCUUGGCAUGGCACCGGUCUACAUGGCUUUCUUACGUUUUAUGGGUGAUGAUAAUGAGGCAAAGAAGUUCAGCUACAGUUUAGAAGUUGGUGCCAAUGGCCGCAAGCUAAUCUGGCAAGGAACUCCGAGGAGCAUCCGUGACAGCCAUAGAAAGGUUCGUGAUAGCCAGGACGGGUUGAUUAUCCAAAGGAAUUUGGCUCUCUACUUCUCCGGUGGAGAUAGGCAAGAGCUGAAGUUAAGAGUUACCGGUCGAAUAUGGAAGGAAGAAUGAGACUGGAGAAAUUCGAAGGCGAUAUGUAUAGUAUUCGAAGACGCAUCUAAUCGGUGAAGGGUGGAACUUUAACUGUUUUUCUGGCUUUGAUUUUCCUUCAUUUGUUCGCAUAAUGUACUGCAAAAGCCGAGGCUGGGUUUCCUAUGUAUGUGUCAGCUUAGCACUGGCUAUCGGAUGGUUGAAAUUUAGUGUAGGAAAAUGAAUGAUUUGUGAUUUGAUUGCUGAAAGAUUAGUGCUGCAGCAGCCAUUUAUGUUGGCUACGGCAGGUUUCAGAUUGGCCUGAGCCUUUCCUGUAUUCAGUGCAUUGUGUGGCAGGAAGUGGAACAAAUUUGUAGGGAGCUCUCAUUUUACCACUCCUGAAAAUGCUUGUGUAAAUGGAAAAUUUCCAGUUUCUUCUGCCAUUUA